CUCUUUCCGUGGUCCUCUGCCCUCAUUUCAUUCGAAAGCCUCAUUGCAGAUCAUAUGGUUGGGUCAUAAGGCUUUCUCAUCCAAUGGGUUUUGAGAAAAAGACGAGGAGACCGGACGAGAGAAGUGAUCUAUGAGAAACCUCUCGUAGAUUGUUCGGUGGGAAAGCGGUAAUUGUGGACGUAGUUUUAUCUCACUGUUGUUGUUUUACUCUGGUUUGUAUUCUGAGACAACAAACCUGGUGAGCUGUUGUCUCAGAAUACUCCUUCAAGUACACUACUAAACAAGUCAGCAGUCGAAGACAGCUGUACACUAUAUCCUGAUAUUUGGAGACAUAGUUUGUCAAAUUCUUGAAGUCUACACAAUUCUACAGACUGAGUACAACUAAAAGUGAAAGACGACAUCCAGUUGCAUCAGCCAUUACAAGACCCAUGAUGGAAGUGACUCAGAAUGUGGAAACAGAGGAGCUGAUGACCUGCCUUCAGAUUCAGCUCUACCACCCCCAACAGGCCUCCAAGGCUCUGUACCGCCUACUGCCACUAGACACCAGGCACAAGCACCCGGCCGAGGAUCCCGUGAGGCUGGGCCGUGACGCCCAGGCCUGCACCUUCGCCCUGGCUGACCUCCGGGUGUCCCGUAAGCAGUUGGCCCUGCAGGCCUACCGCACAGCCAGCAGCCCCAACAUGCUGUUCUCUGCGCAGAACCUGAGCCAGAAGGGGCGGGUAACGGUCAACGGGUUGGCGCUGGGGUAUCUGGAGAGGGCAGAGCUGCCGAAUAAGGCCCUAAUCCGGUUCGGGGAGUAUGAAAUGCUGAUACGUCAUGAUAACGGAGACGCGAAGGGCAGCUUCGAGGUGGAGUUUGGAGUGCUGGCAGUGCCCCCGUCUAGAGAGAUGGGAGUGGGUACACCAAACACGGUGCCUGUCAUGGACACAGGCUCAGACGAUUUAAAUAAUGGCGUCCCACAACUCAGAAGCCCAGGGCCAAUGGAGAUGGAUGAGACAGUUAUGUACCAAUCAUGUAGUGUGUUUCUCUCAUAGAUUUCCUAUUGUGAAAGCCAUUGGGGGAAGACAGUAUAGCAGUUCAAGUGUUAGGCAAGUAAACUAAAGGUCACUAGUUCAAAUGGCCUAGCCAACAAGAUUUUGGAAGUAAAAAUCUGUUUUUGUACCUUUGAGAAAGACAUUUGCUAUAGUGUUGCUUUUGAUAUUUACUAACCAUUGCUUUGAUAAACAACCACCAAAUUAUUUAUUAUCAUUGUUAAAUGUAGCCUAAUGCAUAGUUUUGUUGUAUUAUUUUUUGUUUAGCUACUAUCAGUUUCAUUUCAUUAUUUCAUACUUUAAGCUUAAUCUGAUGGUUGACUGUAUGUGGUGUCAAGAUAUUGGUACCUCACAUAUAUUUUGUAUAUCUUGUUACUCCAUAAGUGUUAUUCGAACUGUUACCUUGUACUUACUGUGAAAUGAAAGCUUGUGAAUAACACCCUUUAUCAUGAUACCCAGCGAAAUUAGAAUUCAAUAAAGAAUGGGGGUAGCUGGGAAGGGUUUAAACUAUUUUGUCUGUAUUGUAAAUGUUGAUAAUAAAACUGUUCUCAUUCA